AUGGCUCAGAUUAACUUCGAGGGAUUAAGAGAGCUACACGACUGCGCAAACUAUCUCCUUGACCACUGUCCAAAAACAAGAGAAUCUCUGUCUCAACAAGGACAAGAGAAGUGGACAGAACAAGUUUCAGAAGCUUCAUUGAGAAUGUUAGACAUCUGUAGCGCAUCUAAAGAUGUGAUGACGCUAGUGAAGCACAGCUUGCACGAUCUACAACUUACUCUACGUGGAAACGAGUCAACAGAUGUGAACGAGAAGAUCGCAGCGUAUAAUCAAUACAAGAACAGGCUCAAGAAGGAGAUAAUGAAAUGCUUAAACUGUCUAAAGAGCAUGAAGGGAAACGGAGGAGGAAGGGACGUUAUGCCGAUAGAGCUUAACCUUUUGUUUGUAACGGAGGUUUUGGAGGAAGUGAGAAGAGCUGUUGUGACGAUGGUUGAGUCUUUGUUCUCUCUUGGUUGUAUUCCUUGGCUAGAGAAGAGAUCGAGCAAAGGGACUUUGUCUUCGAUCUUUACUACUCGAUCUUCGUGUUGGUUAGAGGAUAUAUGGGACGAGACGGCGGUUCAGAGCGCAGCCACGAGGUUGGAAGCGGCGGAGAUUGCUGUGGAGGAGCUUGAGAUAGAGUUGGAGUCUAUUUUCAGAAGAUUGAUUCAUACGAGAGUUUCACUUCUUAAUAUUAAUACCAGCUAGAUUUAUACAUGUCCAGUUAGGUUUUGUUUCUGGACAUGUUUAAUAGACAUUAAAAUUAAUUUCUACUUUAUUACAUGUUUGAAUCAUUAUAUUCAUUUUUUUUAACCUGUUUCUAAACCAGUAAGGGACUUAAUGUUGAUCAAGACUUAAUUAAACGGUUUUUUUCUCUAA